AUGGCAAAGGCGAAGCAGAAACACCAGCAAAAUAUGACCAAUGCUGGACAGAUAGUGGACAGCCUUCAGCAUGAGCUCCAAAACCUAAGUCAGGCUCCCUUUGGCCAAACAUCACGGGACCAGUUUGUCAUCAUGUCUUUGAAGACAGAGCAUAAAACCAUCUAUCAGAAGAUGAGAGAGGAGAUGGUGGUCCUGCAACACUAUGCAACCCAGAAGGAGCAGAUGUUGAUGACAGAGCUUGAGAAGCUUAAGAAUCAGCUCAACGUCCAGAAGAACUUCAGAACAGAGCUUCAAGCCACAAAUGACGAGAACCUUGGACAACUUAGAGCUAUGAUUCUUGAGGAGAAGAACUUGAAAGAUAUAAAUCAGCUCACAGGAAGCUCACUGAGAAGUACAAGUCUGAAGUCCUGA